AUGACAUUAUUAAUAUUGAUCGCUUCAAAUAUAGGAAAGAACUUGUUAAGCACUGAAUGUCCCGAGAGUAAUAAAAUACCAAAGCCUAGGAUUGAUGUUACACAAUUUACAGUCAUUAUCCGAAACAAAAAACGCCUAGAAGGGGUUUAUCAUAAUCUAUUAUUGGAUUUGAUACUUAUUGAUCCUUUCAAUCCAAGAAACAAAAUUUUAGUACCAUGUCCUUAUGUUAGAUCAAAUAAUAAAAUUGAAAUUCGCGAUGAUUAUAGAUCGAAACGUGAUCCAAAUAACAUGUUUGAUCUAACGUUUUAUUGUGAUUCAAAAGACGAAAAAAUGUGUAAUAAAGCCAAAGCAACAUUCGAAUCUGUUGGAAGAAUUUUAACUUCAAAAUUAUUACUUAAUACAAGAAUUGGUUUGAAGGCUAGUUUUAAACCUUUAGAAGAAAAUUUAUUAGGUUCAGCAGGUCCGUCCCGAACAAUUCCUUUCAGAGAUGAUGAUGGAAAAAUUCGGUUAUAUGCACAAGCUCUCGCCAAACAAUUUGAAUUAAAUGUUCAUCCAGAGUAUGCACCGAUUGAUAUUUUAGCUGAUUUUAAUUCAAAUUUUCCAUUUUGGUUCGAAGGCGAUCCGCAAAUCCAACCGAAUCAAACCGGUUUUGAAGAACUCGUGUUGCAUGAAUUAACACAUGGACUUGGUUUUCUUUCCAGUUGGAGUAACGAUUAUCUUGAUCAAAAUUCACUAUUCCUUACUCCUAAUGUUGAUGGUAUUAUUUAUAAUGUUGGAGAUAAUAUUGAAAGAAAUUCUGAAUUGGUCUUUCGUGGAUUUUUAGAAAAUGCUUUUGAUAAAUAUAUGGUUUUAACAUCAGAUAAAACACGUACGACAGAGUUAACAUCAAAACUUGAUAAAUUUCUGGAUGGUCAAGCCACAAAAUUUGCUUCAAUUAAUGAAUUUAAAGAAAAGUUUAAGGCUUCAUCACAAUUCGAUAUAGCGAAACAGAUGUAUGCAAAUUGUAUUAAAUCUAAUUCUAUAGGUUUUUUACUUAAUACAUCUAAUUCAAAAAAUGACGUAGUAGUAUUAGAAACUGGUAUAGAUCCUUUUCGAAGCGGUUCUAGCUUAAGUCACGUAGAUGAAAAAUUGUUUGAUAAUUCUAGUGAGUUUUUAAUGACGUUUGAACAAACAGCUGGAAGGACUCUAGAAGAUUCUAUCGCUGCAAGUGGUACUAAAGGCGGUAAAGAGGAGGCUGUUGGACCAAAAUUAUUGGCUAUUUUGGAAACUUUAGGGUAUAUAUAUAUUAAAAAAUUUUUACGAAUCGAAUAUUACGAGUCAAAAUGA